AGGAACAUAAAAGGAAUCUUUUGUAUGCCAAUUGUUGGGCUAUGGUGGCAGGAAGAUGUUGGCCCGGAAGAGCAUUAUUCCAGAAGAAUACGUUCUUGCACGCAUUGCGGCUGAGAAUUUGGGCAAGCCACGCAUUCGAGACCGCCCACGCAAAGCCCGCUUCAUUGCCAAAAAUGGGGCCUGCAACCUGGCUCACAAGAACAUCCGUGAGCAGGGACGCUUCUUGCAAGACAUCUUCACCACCUUGGUGGACCUGAAAUGGCGCCACACUCUGGUCAUCUUCACCAUGUCCUUCCUGUGCAGCUGGUUGUUUUUCGCCAUGGUAUGGUGGCUGGUGGCUUUUGCCCAUGGAGACAUGGACAAGCCUUGCACCAAUGAAGACAUCAGCAAAUGGAAGCCAUGCAUCACCUGUGUCAGGUCCUUCAUCUCUGCUUUCCUCUUCUCCAUUGAGGUCCAGGUGACCAUUGGUUUUGGUGGAAGGAUGAUGACAGAAGAAUGUCCCAUCGCCAUCAGUGUUUUGAUCCUCCAAAACAUUGUGGGCUUGAUCAUCAAUGCUGUCAUGCUGGGCUGCAUCUUUAUGAAAACUGCCCAGGCACACCGGAGAGCAGAAACCUUGAUCUUCAGCCGGAAUGCAGUCAUUACUGUUCGUAAUGGUCACCUGUGCUUCAUGUUCCGGGUAGGUGACCUGAGGAAAAGCAUGAUAAUUAGUGCCUCAGUACGAAUCCAGGUUGUAAAGAAGACUACUACUCCAGAAGGAGAAGUCAUCCCGAUCCAUCAGCUUGAUGUUCCGGUUGAUAAUCCUCUUGAAAGCAACAAUAUUUUCCUAGUGGCUCCAUUGAUCGUUUGCCAUGUCAUUGAUAAACGGAGUCCUCUCUAUGAUAUCUCCGCCAAUGACCUGGCCAGUCAAGACCUAGAAAUUAUUGUCAUUCUUGAAGGUGUAGUGGAAGCCACUGGAAUCACCACCCAAGCCAGAACAUCCUAUAUAUCAGAAGAGAUCCUCUGGGGCCAUCGCUUUGUGCCCAUCGUAACUGAAGAAGAAGGGACUUAUGCUGUUGACUACUCCAAAUUUGGCAACACAAACAAAGUUGCAGCACCCCGCUGCAGUGCUAAGGAGCUGGAUGAGAAGCCCUCCAUCCUCAUCCAGACCCUGCAGAAAAGUGAGCUGUCCCACCAGAACUCUUUGAGGAAACGUAAUUCCAUGCGAAGGAAUAACUCCAUCCGGAGGAAUAAUUCCAUCAGGAGGAAUAACUCUUCCUUCAUUGUGCCUAAAGUUCAGUUCGUCACACGUGAAGGCAACCAGAACAACUUGGAAACAUGACAGAGCCAAGCACUCAUGUACAGCCAUUCUGCAGAAACAGGGUUUUACCUUUGUUAUAAUAUUAGUAUUAAUUUGGUACAAACUUGUAAUGGAUAUUAAGGGCUAUUUAUUACAUGCAGACACCAGAUCAAACCAGAGACAGGUUGUAGUUGAGUCCAUCUGUCCCUAAGACCCUCUGUCAAUGUAUGGGCCAAUGUUUGCAUCAUUGGAGGUUGAGAUGAUAAGAUAAUCGGUGUUUCUUUGAACUGAUGCAUUUCUUUCACAGAAAAUAUUAGCAUGUUGGGGGAGAACACUAAAUCAAAAGAUGAUGGGCACUUACCCAUUGCACCAUGAGAAAUCUACAUGGAUCAGUUAAAAUGCAAAUUUAGAAAUAAUUACUGCCAUUUAAUAGCGAUACCUGUACAGUACAGUGUAAUGGUUAAAACCAGCAGAGUGGAUUCUAGUCCCUUCUCAGUCACCGAAGCUCACUGGAUGACUUGGGUCUGGUCACUCUCUCCCAGUCCAGCCCCCACUUCACUGGGUUAAAUUACCCUAAUGGGAAAGGAAGGGUCAUUUGCUCAGUCUGCUGUCAAAUGCUAACUAUAGCCAUCUUCAGCAAACUACAGUGAUGAAGCCCACAUGCUAUCAUGCAAAUGCCGCCCUUACAUACUUACAUCCAUAUACCUAAGUCACGUCAUUUGCAUGAUGACAUCAUCGGGGUCUUGACAUCAUUUGCUCCCCACUAGAAACCCUAUGGGCAUCCAUGACUAGAUUGUCUUAAAAAAAAAAAACGUUCACCUGCAGGACUGUACUCUUACAGACCUACAAAUAAAGGACUGUUCUGUAUAAAUAGGGCGUAGAGCAGUCUUUCUCAACCUUGGCAACUUGAAGAUGUGUGGACUUCAACUCCCAGAAUUCUGGGAGUUGAAGUCCACACAUCUUCAAGUUGCCAAGGUUGAGGAACACUGGCAUAGGGUCACCUGAGGCAAAAAUGACAGGCUAGCAAUCUGUGUUGAAAGAGAAGUUUGUGUGGAGGGGCACUUGAAGAAGACUCAUCCAGAGAUGCUGUAGAUUUUCAGAGAGAGGUUCAAGAGGUUUCUUGCUAUACAAGCAGCAUCUGUGUUCAGCUUCAGUAAAUAUUCUGGCUGAAUUCUACCUAGGGGGGGAAAAAGAGAAAGAUCUUCUUGUGACAGAUAAUCAUCACGUCUUGUGUGGGUGACUCUCUGAGAAAUGUUUAGAAUCAUUGGGUCCUGGAAAAGAUGGUGCCAGAUAGACCACUGAAUGUAAUAGUCACUUGUCUCCAGUUUGUUUCUGGGACCAACCCAAAUGCUGACGUUGAUUUUUGAGCAACCUAGAACCAAAAGUAUUGGAAGAAUGCAGAAUGUGGUAUCUGAAAAGGUAGUUUUCUCCCUUCUGAACCUGAUCACUUGUUGAGGUCCAAGGACCUCUUCAGAGAGUGGAAGAUGGGUAAGGAAAGAAUGGAGCUUUUCCUUGGUGACACCCCUCUUGAGGAUUAUUCCUCCCCCAAUAAUUUGUUUCCUACCCAUACCUUUGGAAGAAGGGAAAGACAGCAAGUUACCUCUUUUGUUUACAUGAAUAUUGGGCUGAUUGCCAUUUGAAACUAUUUUUCAUGCUCUCUUUACCUUCUGUUUAAUUCAAAGCUGUUUUAUCUAUUUUCAAGUGAAUGUUGAUUAUGGGGAAUGUGUGCAUGUAUAUCUCUCCGUGUGUGUCUGAGUGUGUCUGUGUGUCUAAAUCUCUAUCUGUAUCUAGAUAUAAUUGUUGAACUGUAUUUCUAAAGACUUAUGUAACCCAUUUUGAAAAUCGUAGAGUCUUAUUAGAAGAAUGGAAUAUUUUAAGUAAGUGUUGUCCAGGGGUAUUUUGUUGAUGAAUAGUGGAUAACCACCCAGAGUCCCCCAUUGGGGGAGAGGGGCGGUAAUAUAAAUCAAAUAAAUAAAUAAAUUACUGAAGCCUGUAACAGCAGGGAUUAGCAGUAACAGUAGCACUAAUAGUAAAAAAACAAACAAAAAGCCCAUUCAAGGAAUCCCCUCAGGAGUGUGGAAAACCAACAGAGCUCUAGACUAGUGACUUUCUCAGCCUCAACAACUUUAAGAUGGAUGGACUUCAACUCCCAGAAUUCCCAGCCAGCAUUUCCCAGCCAGCCAGGUUAAAGUUGCUGAGGUUGAGAAACGCUGAUCUAGAAACUGAAGAGUUGGCUGUACAAGACAGGACCUUUGCACACACCUCUUGGCCCGUCUGAACCACGAUAAGUGCAAGAACACUUUGCUCUGCGGGCAAGAAUGUUCUCCUUUUUCCUUUGACAGAAUUUCUAAAAGGAAUUUCCUUUCAUUAAAUUGAGUGAGAACUAGAAGAGAAAUACAUGAUUUUUUUUUCCUGCCUGGUGUUAGAUUUGCUCCCUCAGCCACAAUAUAUGCCAGCAAUGUGAGAAACAAGCCGAAAGCAGGCAUUUCUCAGGGCAGAGAUGCCUGUGCUGCCAACAAACUGUCAGCUUCAAGGCCACGAAGCAAAGAAUUUGCUGAAAGGUGGGGAGAUAAGGCAGGGGGUUUAAACUGGGUAUUAGAGAGGAACUACACCCCAUGCUGACAGAGAUAAAAACAACCAUUCAAUGGGGCUUCAUUCUAGCAUGCAAUCAAAACAGUUACCUAGCCGUGUCACAUCAUGUGUCUGACAGGCCUCAGCCAAACCCAACUUUGGCAGCCAAAUUAAGCCAUGUGAAAUUGGGGGACUAAGAUUCACUUCUGAAGCCUGGUCCAGGAAACCUAAUCCUAGCCACCAAUGUAAGGUUACUUCAAUCAGUAUGUGCACAGAACUGUGUUUCUUUCAGACUGAGACUACAGUGCGUGUUGCUGAUUUGCCCAUCAUCAUGGAUAACCCCGCACUUUCCCUCUGCCUUCCAUCAAUUUAUUAAAAACACUUGAAUACAGUUCUACUAACUUGAGAAUAAUAGUUUUACUAAAUCCUUGUAGUGUUCAGAAGCUAAGAUGGGGGAAAUAAUAUUUGCUUCACUGUACAGUAAGUUGUGGAUAACUAGUAUCCAAUCCCCACAUGGGUUUAUUUAUCAGCAAAUAAUGCACUUUCAGGAACCAUGCUAAGAAUUUUGACAUAUCUAAAUGUAGGGAGUACUAGCUGUCCAGCUUCACAAAGAAGACUUCUUCAAUAAAGUUUUUCCACUUUC